GAUUUGCCAUCAAAUGUUCAGUUGCAAAAAGGAAAUCCAACAGUUCAAAACAAGAAUAAGUAAAAGUCGGCAAAAUCUGAGCAGUUGGCCCUCCAUCACCAGAGUGUAGAUCACAAAGAGGAACGUGUUGGCACUCAAGUUAAAAAUUUACGAAUUUCGCAACAGAAGAGAAGAGGAAAUUUUGAAGUAGAAAUUGAAAAAAUUACAAAAAUAAUUUGGGGAAAGAAAGAAGAGAGAAAUGUAUUUGAAAGUGGUGCUACUGUGUCUGUGCAUAUUGAUCUUGACCAGUCCCAUAACGGAGGGACGACGUGGCCGUGGCAGAGGCCGUACCAAAUCGAGGGUACAAAUUGGUCUACCCAUAACGGGAAAAUACAGAGAUCCUGAAUCCGAUCAAUACUACAAUAACAAUAAUGGAGCCAAAAUUUUACAGGCCUCUCACUUUGAUUAUGAAUAUGUUUUGGGCCACAAAAUAGCCUUUUUGUGUGUGGCCAAGGGCAAUCCCAGACCUCAGAUCACCUGGUACAAGGAUGGUACCGAAAUAUUCCAGCAUCUCUACAUGCAUGUCCAUGAAUGGCGCAUUGGCGAGGAUCGUGUUAAAUCGAAAAUUGAAAUUGAUCCAGCCACCCAAAUGGAUGCUGGCCUUUAUGAGUGUACCGCCGACAACAUGUAUUCCAUUGAUCGUCGUAGUUUUAAAACAGAUUUUUCAAUUGCUUUCGAUUAAACCCCGGAAUGGCCAUAUUUCGAAGAGAAAGAGAGAGAGGAUGUUACAUUUUUGUUUUGUUGCCUUUGCUCACAAUAACCCCACCAAAUAAUAAGAGAAUGAACGAACCGCAAAAUAACCCCCCAGGCCAGGCAAUUUUCAUAUUGAGAGGGAACAGACACAACAUCACAGCUUUGAACACUGGCCCCAUAAUGGGUGUUUGCUUGUGUGUCCGAUUUGCUUUUUUUUCUUUUUGUAUCAUUGAAAAGAGUUAGUUUUAAGCUUUUAAUUUAUCAAAACAUAUCACCUUAAUUUGUCCAAAGUUUAAAUGGUUUUUGUACAUGGGAAAUAAGCUACUAUUCUUUUGGGUCUCUUUUUUUGUACAAAAAAAAAAAUAAAAUAAAUAA